AUGGAUAGGUACGAGAGUUUGAAAGACUUGGGAUCAGGGAAUUUUGGUGUGGCUAAGCUUGUGAAAGAUAAAUGGACUGGUGAGCUCUUUGCUGUCAAGUACAUCGAAAGGGGCAAGAAGAUUGAUGAGCAUGUUCAAAGGGAGAUUUUGAACCACAGAGCCUUAAAACAUCCCAACAUUAUUAGAUUCAAGGAGGCCUUGUUAACACCAACUCAUCUAGCCAUAGUGAUGGAGUAUGCAGCCGGAGGAGAGCUUUUCGAACGAAUAUGCAAUGCUGGUAGAUUCAGCGAAGAUGAGGCAAGGUUUUUCUUCCAACAGCUAAUAUCAGGAGUUAGUUACUGCCAUUCCAUGCAAAUUUGCCACCGUGACCUAAAGCUCGAAAACACAUUGUUAGACGGGAGCUCAGCACCUCGACUCAAAAUUUGUGACUUUGGCUACUCUAAGUCCUCCGUGUUGCAUUCUCAACCAAAAUCAACUGUAGGCACACCGGCCUAUAUUGCACCAGAAGUCUUAUCAAGAAAAGAGUACGACGGAAAGAUUGCAGAUGUUUGGUCGUGUGGGGUUACAUUAUAUGUGAUGUUAGUUGGUGCUUAUCCUUUCGAAGAUCCUGAUGAUCCAAGAAAUUUCAGGAAAACAAUUAAUAGAAUACUUAGUGUACAUUAUUCAAUCCCUGACUACGUCAGAGUCUCCAAGGAAUGCAAACAUCUAUUAUCUCAAAUUUUCGUCGCUGGCCCUGAAAAGAGAAUAAGUAUUCCAGAAAUUAAAAAGCACCCAUGGUUCUUAAAGAACUUGCCGGUCGAGUUUAUGGAAGGAGAAGAAGCUAUACAAAUGAAAAAUACAAAUGAUUAUCCUGCUCAAACAGUUGAAGAAGCAUUGGCUAUAAUUCAAGAGGCUAGAAAACCAGCAGAGGGGCCUAAAGCUGGGGGAGGCAUUUUUGUUGCUGGAAGUAUGGAUCUUGAUGAUAUAGAUACUGAUGCAGAUAUAGAAGAAGAUAUAGAGACAAGUGGGGAUUUUGUUUGUGCAUUAUGA